AUGAGCAACAAGGAAUUGAAAUCAAAUCUUUCUUCAGCUGAUAUCAUUGGUGGUAACCAAGAUAUUCUUAUGGAAAUACUUCUCCGAAUACCUGCAAAGUCAAUGUUCAAGUUCAAGUGUGUGUCAAAACAAUGGCUUUCUGUGAUUUCUGACCCUGAAUUCUGCCUCUCUCAUACUCGCCACAAACUUAGCCGUCACCCCACACCGAAUACUCUCUUGCUCAACAACCAGUACUCUUCUUCUCCUGAAUUCCAGGUUGUACCUCUCAAGGAUGCUACAAGAGUCCCGUUCUUGGACUAUCUCAAUGUACCAAGAAUCAAGAUUGAGCGUUCUUGCAAUGGCUUGCUGCUCUGCUCUUCCGCUUACUUCCUCAAACCCAGUGGGCGACUAAAUGAUGAAUCAGUUGUUGAUGGGGCCCCCAUUCCUCCUGCAAGUCUUGUAGACUGUAGUAGCUAUGUUAUCAAUGGUGACCAUCUUGGGCAUCGGUAUUUUAUUAGCAAUCCAACUACGAGGCAAUUCAAGAAACUUGCUUUCCCUAGCUAUAUAGUAAUACCUAAACUACUGUUACCUCAUUAUCCAUGGCUUUUUUUGGCUUUCGAUCCCAUGAAGUCACCUUACUACAAGAUAAUUCUCUUGCGCAAGAUGCCAAACCCAGAAACAAGAUAUGGAAUUGAUGUGUAUUCAUCGAAGACAAAAUCAUGGACUCAAGCACCAAUCCUUUUCCCAAGGCCAUUCGGAAUGUUGAACUGUGAAGGGGUUUUUUGUAAUGGUGCCAUUUAUUGGUACAGUUUGGAUGCCACUGCAGUUUAUUUUGACGUCGAUAGUAAGACUGUGAAGGAAAUAGCAAUGCCUCUUAUGUUCAAGGAUAUGCCCCUGACACACGUUAUCUACUUUGGGGAAUCUCGUGGCCAUUUGAACUUGGUAGGUUUUAAUAAUUUCUCCAGUUUGUCAAAAUUGUAUGUCUGGGAGAAGCCAUCUAGUCACUCUGGCUGGCUUGUGAGAUGCCUUGUGGAUCUUUACUCUAUAAGAGAAAAUCCUCGCGCACUUUCAGUGUUGAGUGUCAUUCGCACUGAAAAGGAAGAAGAGUUGAUGCUUGUUCUGCUCAUGGAUGGUGGUAGGGUUGUAUCUUAUAAUGCUUGUGAUGGAACUUCAAACAAGCUAUGCGAUUUGGAGCCAAGAACAGAAAUUGAAAAUAACAGUGGCAAAUUGGAUUAUAACGGUCGUGAUGCCUAUCAAUACUUUGAGACCCUCUUUUCUUUUCCAGAAUAG